UAGAGUCUCUCUAUUCUGUUUUAACACCAUGUCACAAUCCGACGUUCAAACCGUCCGCUUGUCCAAUGGCAAGACCAUGCAAGGUAAUUACAGCAGCCCAGACGCAAGGGAUUACUGGAAUCGGAUCCAAAUCAAGUCAAUAUUCACGCAAAAUUCUCUAUAGCCCACACCUAUCUUUUCAUCAACAAUGAAUUUGUCCCUGGUCACGGUCCUCUUAUUGAAACCAUCAACCCUGCGACCGAGGAAGUCAUCUGUUCCGUUCACUCGGCCGAUGAGAAUGAUGUGAAUGCUGCUGUGAAAGCCGCGGCCGACUGUUACCAGAACGUGUGGAAGAAGGUGUCGCCUGCUGAUCGUGGACGUUUGAUCAACCGACUUGCCGAUUUGAUGGAACGCGAUAAGGACGAGCUCGCUGCUUUGGAUGCCUUAGAUAACGGUAAAGCAUUCACAGUGGCUCGGGAUGUCGAUAUCACCGAUUCCAUUGCUUGUUACCGCUACUUUGCCGGCUGGGCCGAUAAAGUUCACGGCAAGACCAUCGACACCACUCACGAUAAAUGGUGCUACACUCGUCACGAAGCUCUCGGUGUGGUCGGUGCUAUCAUUCCAUGGAACUAUCCUACCAUGAUGGCCGCUUGGAAGUUUGCUCCUGCGUUGGCAACCGGUAACUGCAGUAAGUACAUCAAACAACCAAAGUUGUCCUCUUGGAUUGGUUGAACCGCAUGGCUGAUGACGUAUUUUGCUGUUCCUUAGUUGUCAUGAAGACUUCCGAAGUCACACCUUUGCCUGCUUACAAGUUUGCUGCACUUGUCAAGGAAGCUGGUUUUCC